AUGGCUGGAUUCCGUCUAAUCGAGUUGGCAAAGCCCUUCGUGCCGCUGCUACCAGAGGUAGAACUACCAUACGAGAAAAUCGGGUUUGAUGAGAAAGUUGUGUACACAAUCAUCGCAGCUAUAGUCUACGUAUUUGGUCAGUUUCCGCUGGUGGGUUUGGCGAAGAGCGUAGUUGUCGAAGACACUAGCAAUGCGGUCUUGGACCCUAUCUACUUUCUGCGCGGCGUUUUUGCUGCGGAGCCCAAAACACUGAUGGAAUUUGGAAUCUUCCCCGUGGUGUCUUCUGCUCUAAUCAUGCAGGUUCUAGCGGGGCUCAAGAUGGUCAAAGUCAACUUCAAGGUGCGUCAGGACCGUGAGCUUUUCCAGAGCUGCACCAAGCUUUUCGCCCUGUUGCAGUCUUUUGUGCUCGCCAACGUGUUCAUUUUCUCGGGCUACUAUGGUAGCGGCCUUAGCGUGAUUCAGAUUAUAUUGUUGAACCUGCAAUUGGUUCUUGCGACUCUUUUUGUAACGCUGUUGAUCGAGGUUGUCGACAAGGGCUACGGUUUCGCCUCUGGAGCCAUGGCCAUUAUUACCGUCAACAUCUCCACCAAUUUGGUGGCUGACGUGUUUGGUGUGAACCAGGUUCCAGUCGACAGCGAAGGCCAUAAGGAGGCUCAAGGUGCCAUCAUCAAUCUCCUCCAAUCCAUGCGGUCCUCGCACAAGUCAUUUUUGGGUGCUAUUUUCGGAGCUUUCAACCGUGACUAUUUGCCCAACCUGACUACAGCACUACUGGUCAUUGUGCUGGCCGGCUUGGUGUGUUACUUCAACAACUUCCGCUUGGAGCUGCCAAUCAGAUCCACAAGAACCCGUGGUGUCAACAACGUGUACCCAAUCCGCCUUCUAUACGUCGGUGGUUUAUCUGUGUUGUUUUCUUACGUUGUGCUAUUCUAUAUCCAUGUCGCGGCCUUUACUCUCGUCCAAUUAGUUGCUCGCAACGAUCCUUCAUCGCUUAUCUACAAGAUCAUCGGUGGUUAUGCUCCUUCCAAUAAUUUGUUGUAUGUGCCACAAUUUCCAUUGUCGCUACUGACCCCUCCCAAGUCAUUGUUGGACUGUAUUUCUAGACAGCCAUUGACCCCAAUUACGUUCACUGCGUUUUUGGUUGUCACCGGUGUUUGGUUUGCUAGCCUAUGGCAACACAUUAGUGGCUCGUCCGCGCGUGAUAUUAGUGCUCAGUUCAAAGAGCAAGGUAUUACUUUAACUGGUCACAGAGAACAAGGUAUUGCUAAAGAAUUUGAAAAAAUCGUGCCUUUAGCAUCCACUACAGGUGCUGCCGUCUUGGCUCUAUUGGUCUCUGGUGGUGAGCUUUUGGGCUUAAAAGGUAAAGGUGCCAGUAUCAUUUUGGGCGUGAGCUGUGGCUUCUCACUCUUGGAACUCAUCACCGCCGAGUACCAACAAAGUGGUGGGCAAAGUGCUUUGACUCAGGUCUUGGGUGUCUCUGGUGCUUAA